AUGCCUGAUCACGAAGUACAGACGAGGAAAUCCAGGAUGCUUGAUGACGCACAGGAAGAGCUGAAUAUCACCGUGGCCGUGCGUUGUCGUGGGCGAAAUGAGAGAGAGAUCAAGGCGAAAAGUUCUGUCGUCGUGACGGUGCCGGACGUAACAGGCUCCAACGAGGUUUCCAUCAAUACAACAGACGAAGUAGGGAUUGCGGCAAAGAUGAACUCGCGCACAUAUACGGUCGAUAAAGUCUUCGGGCCUAGUGCAGAUCAGAGCUUAAUCUUUAAAGAAAUUGCAGAGCCGUUGUUUGAUGACUUCAUGAAAGGGUACAACUGCACCGUGCUGGUUUACGGAAUGACAUCUACGGGUAAGACUUACACGAUGACUGGCGAUGAAAAACUAUAUGACGGACAAUUGAGCGACUCUGCGGGGAUAAUCCCAAGAAUCAUGUUUAAGCUGUUCGAUGCCCUAGAAGCCACUGACAGCGAUUUUCUGGUCAAAUGUUCCUACAUCGAGCUUUAUAACGAAGAGUUGAAGGACUUACUAGAUGAGUCACACGAUUCCUCUAAAAGAUUGAGGAUCUUCGAUUCUAGCUCUAUGAACCACAGCAGCAGAGCAAGCUCUCAGAGCAACUCUCCGAGAGAACCAGAAGUUGCACAUAACGGGUUUAGUAGAAGACGACAACGGCCGCCCCCUGUGAAAGCCAACCGGAUGUCAGCAACAAAGCAACAACUUUCUGAAAGCGGCUCGGGCAUAUAUGUUCAGAACGUGCAAGAGUUCCAUAUUAUCAACGCGCGAGAGGGCAUUAACGUUCUGCAAAAGGGUUUAAAACACAGGCAAGUAGCUUCAACCAAAAUGAACGACUUUUCUAGCAGGUCGCACACUAUAUUUACCAUAAUGCUAUACAAGAACUGUGACGGGGAGUUAUUUCGAGUAUCGAAGAUGAACCUAGUUGAUCUUGCAGGGUCUGAAAACAUCAGCCGAUCUGGAGCUCAAAAUCAAAGAGCAAAGGAAGCAGGCUCAAUCAACCAAAGUCUACUGACCUUGGGUCGUGUGAUAAACUCCCUUGCAGAUAAAAGCAUUCAUAUUCCUUUUCGCGAAUCCAAGCUAACGAGACUUCUUCAAGAUUCCCUCGGAGGAAAUACAAAGACUGCGCUUAUAGCAACCAUCUCGCCAGCGAAAAUCAAUGCAGAUGAAACUUCGAGUACUCUGGAAUAUGCGGCCAAAGCAAAGAACAUCAAAAAUAGGCCGCAGCUUGGUGCUCUCAUGAUGAAGGAUAUACUGGUGAAAAAUAUAUCGAGUGAACUUGCCAAAAUAAAGUCAGAUUUUCUAUCGACUAAAUCUAAAGAUGGUAUAUAUAUGAGCCAUGAGCAUUACCAAGAAAUCGUCAAUGAUUUGGAGAACUGUCAGACAGAAAUUCAGGAAUCUAAGCGGCAGAUAGAGUCUCUAACAUCCCAGAACAAUCUUCUCUUAAAAGAUAAAAAGGCGUCGCAAGAGGUAACUGAGUUGCAGAAUAGCAAGAUUAAGAAGCUUCAGAGUACUAUAGAGUAUCUUUAUGAUAAAAUUGAAAGACAACAUCACAACGAAACGGAACUUGCGACAACUAUUCACAAGUUGAAAGAAGCUCUUCAUACUAUGCAGGGGUCUUUGAAAAGCUAUGAAACACAUGAAUUGCGACUACAAAAUGAUAUUAAAGAAGUUUUGUAUCAGGGCAUUACCUCUUAUAGAGAAUCUAUGAACCAACAUCUUGAGAAAGUUAAGGUUAGCAUGCUGGAUAAGAAUCUGUCCAUCAAAGAAAACAUAAAUAACAUAACCACCAUUUUUGACGAUACACUCAAGUCUGUGGAGGCAAAUGGUUCAGAUAUGUGUGAUACCCUAGUGAAGUUGAUUAAAGAAACCCCGUCGAUGUACCUGAAGGAAUUUAACGAGACAGUAUCGUCUCUAAAGUCGGAAUUAUCCUCUUAUUCAAACGCUUUAACUAAUAAGUUGACAGAGAUUAGUGAAGAAAAUAAUCACCUACGUGAAUAUUUGGAUCAGCAUCUUUUCAAGAAUAGUACCCAGGAAGUCCUCGAUUUGAGAAUGGAGAGUGUUUACCAGAAGGUCAAGAAUGAUUCUGAUCAAUUAUUAUCCAAGCUUGUCUCCAUGGUUGGAGCGCAUGUUGAAGAGAGCAGAACACUGAUGGUAAACUCCAUGAAGGACACGGUGAAUGAAAUUAUAGAUAACGAGCGUAGCUUAUUCCAACCAAUCAGAGAUCGGUGGAUUGCUUCAUGUGAUAAUAUCAACCAAUGCGACGCAUCCCACCAGAAUUUUGAAGCGAAAUCCACUAGUGGUUUGGAUAAACUCAAAGAACUAUCUGAUGCUUCGUUAAAAAGUUCAGAAGAUGCAGUAAACAAGGCUAAACAUAGAACGGAUAGCUUUCACGACUUUGUUCAAAAACUAUGUUGUGAUCAGUCUCUGAAAAAACAAAUGCAUGAUAUCAGUGACAAGCAUAGAAUGCUGGAGGACCAUUUCGACGACAACGUCAAAUACUUCAAAGAAUCAAGUAAGGGCUUCGAAGACAUGGACUGUUCCAUAAAGAAGAUCAUACAUGAGAUGAGUCCGGAAGUCGGAGACAUCAAGUCUGUGGAAACGUUGAUGGAACGGAUCAACGCGAGAACAUUUAGUCCAGUUAGGCCCACCGGGAAGACGCCAUCGAGACAAGUUCUCAAAAAUGCUAUUACAUCGAAAGCCAGUUCUAGAUCUAUGUCUCCAAUCAAGACCCUUGAUACAAAUGUGCGCAUAAUAUCUCCAGUGAAACGCGGAACGAUUGAAUUUGGAGCAGAAGGUCCACCGACUAAAAAGGUUAGGUGA